AUGCACAUCGAAGAAGCUACCCAUCAGAGUCCUCUAUAUGAUGAUAUCGAAGAGGCAAAGGCGAAGGCAAGCUCGAUUUACGAGGAAAAUGCCGUCGGGUACAAAGAAUACCGCGAGGGGUUACAUAUAGAGAUAACAGCAAAGGAGAACUCCAAGGUCCGUUGGAAAAUUGACAUGGUCGUGCUGCCAAUCUUUCUGGUGACGCAGGCGUUGCAGUUCAUGGACAAGACGGCCCUGAACUAUGCCAAUCUGUUUGGGUACCAGGAGACUCUUGGGUUGAAGGGUCAACAGUUCAACUACCUUUCUGCAAUGGUGUACGCUGGCUACUUCUUUGGCCAAUAUCCGUGUGGAUGGCUGGUUGGGAGGUAUCCCGCUCAACGCGUUCUCGGAGUAAGCUGCCUCAUGUGGGGCUUGAUGGUCAUUAUUAUGACCCAGUGCCAUACAUUUUCCAGUGCUCUAGGAGUUCGCUUCAUUAUGGGCGUUUUUGAAGCUGCUGUGACGCCUGGUUUAACCCUAAUGACUGGCUUUUGGUAUACUCGACAGGAAAUCCCACUUCGCCAAUGCAUCUGGUAUUCCGCUCUUGGGUUUGGUGGCAUUAUAGGGUCCUACAUAUCCUUUGGGAUUUCCAAGCUUCCAGAGGACUUCAAGCCGGUGCGCUGGGAGUUACUCUUCUACAUCCUUGGAGCGGCCACAUGUCUCUGGGCGUUCGUAAUUUUCUUCAUCUUGCCUGAUUCGCCCUCAAGUGCCUUCUUUUUAACAAGACCCGAGCGCAUCAUUGCGGUCAAGCGAGUUGCCGGCAAUGAAACUGGGAUCAAGAACAAGGCAUUUAACAAGAAACAAGGCAUGGUCGCAUUCUAUGAUCCCAAGGCGAUUAUGCUGUUCAUCUCGGUGUUUGCGGCAGCGAUCCCAAAUGGUGUCGUCAACUCUUUCUCGACCAUUAUCAUUCAAGACAUGGGUUUCACCCAAACUAAAACAACAGAGCUGAAAUCGGUUGGUGAUGCAGUUGUUAUUAUCGCGUUAUUCAUUGGAGGAACGAUCACCUUGAAUGUGCCGAAUUCUCGGUUGUUAACCUCGACAGCUGCUAACAUCCUGUGUACGGUUGCUGCUGCUUGCAUGGCGUACCUCCCUCGAUCAAUGAAGUGGUCACGGUUGGUCUGCUUUUGGCUGGUAAAUGCACAGUCGGUGGGCUUCACCGUAUCUCUAGUCACGAUUUCGUCAAAUAUGGCUGGAUAUACGCAUCGAGCCAUGGCUAAUGCCCUGGUAUUCACUGCCUACUGCUGGGGCAACUUUGCAGGACCCUUCGUGGUGAAGCCAUCUGAAGCGCCUGAAUAUAAGGGGGCCACAAUAGGUCUUCUUGUUGGGUAUGCGAUCAAAGCAUUUUGUCAUCUCUCACUCUUCUUUUAUAUGCUGAUUGUCAAUCGGCGCCGUGACUCCCACUACGGUCCGGCCGACAAGGCUCGCAGUAACGAAGCUGGCAUGCAGGAUCAGACGGAGUUUGAGAAUAAGGAUUUCCGAUAUGUACUGUAG